AUGAACAACGAGCAAUUCCGGCGUCUCCUGCUCGACAACGCCUCGAAAUCCCAAAAUCAGAAACAGUCCUCCCAAUCGCCCAAGUCCCACGAUUCAUCGCGAGGACAUGGAAAUGCAACCCCCGCCGCUGCUUCCUCACUGGGAUCUCGACUCAAGUCGAGUAUUCCCAUGACACCUCGCACCGUCGGAAACAUCGACUUUGCGCGCCAACUAUCCGACUACCACCGCGAACAACACGCCCCACCCUCCAAACGAUUCAAGUCCACCGCGGCCCCGAAAGGCACGAAGCUGCCCUCCGGCUAUGAAGAUCGAGCUGCGAAGCUCCGCGCCCUGGAGGAGGCGGGCGAGGGAGGAGGCAGCGGCGACGGUGAUGGCGCCGAGGACGAUGUCGAAAAGACGGAUCUGGAGAAACGCGUCAAGGCGCUCGAGGAGAUGGUGAAACUGGGACAGAUCGAUCAGGCGACGUUUGAGAAGCUACGCGGUGAAAUGGGGGUUGGUGGGAACGUGGGGAGUACGCAUAUGGUGAAGGGGUUGGAUUGGGCGUUGUUGAGGAGGGUGAGGGCCGGGGAGGAUGUGAAUGCGCAGGGAGAGGAGAAGAAGGACAGUGAAGAGGAAGAGAAGAAGGGGGAGGAGGAUAUGGACGAGGCGUUUGAUCGGGUGUUAGAGGAGAAAGGGGAAGCGCUUCCCUCUGCGCCGAAAGAGACCGAGCCCAAGAAGAAAAAGGGGAAUCUGGCCAUGGUGCCUCCAGCGGCCCCGGCUCCGCUUCCCAAGACGCGUGACGAGAUUCUAAGACAGUUGCGGGAGAGUCGAGAGCGCGCUCGCUCGACCGAGAUGGCACCGCCACCGCCACCAGCACAACCGGCUGCGCCGGAGUCCGUGCUUGGAGCACGGUUCAAGAAGGUCGGGGAUGAUGCUACGAAGGUGGAGAAGAAACGAUGGGUGGAACAGGAUGAGAACGGUCGACGAAAGGAAAUCCUACAGAUUACGGAUGCCCAGGGCAAUACGAAGAGAAAGGUACGGUGGUUGGACAAGCCGGGCCAGUCGAACGGGGGACUGUUGGCGCCGGACAAGGAUGCAAAGCCCCUAGGUAUGGAGGUACCGGUGGAAAUUGCGUCCAAGACUGCGGCCCCGGUCGAGGCGGAAGAUGAGGACGACGAUAUUUUCGCAGGGGUUGGGGCCGAUUACGAUCCCCUGGGGGAUCUGGGCGAGGGGGACAGCAGCUCCUCGGAUUCUGAGGAUGAGACCUCAGUGGAUGACAAGACUGAGCAGAGGGCCAGUGCGGAUGCGGAUGCGAAUGCGAAUGCAGACAGAGACACAGCGCCGCCCGCCGUGGAACCCACGGAGAAACCGUCGCGCCCGCGCAAUUACUUCUCGACGUCGACGAGCGACGAGCCCGAGCCCGUUGAUCGAUACAACCCUCUGAUGAAUGACCCGACGCUGGUGGCUGCGUUGAAGCGCGCUGCCGCAUUGCGACAGGCCUCGCCGUCGAAUGAAGCCGCGGAAGGGGGCGACGGCGAGGAGGGCGUCGACUCGGACACGCUCCUGCGGCGGAAAAAAUUCCUGGAGGAAGCACGACGACGAGAAGCGCAGGAUGCGAUGGACAUGGAUCUCGGGUUUGGCAACAGUCGCAUCGAAGACGAGGAGGACGAAGAGGGGCCGACGUACGAUGAACAACGGGGCGGCAAGAAGAGGAAGCGAGGGCCAAAGAAGAAGAAGGGGAACAAGGAUAGCGUGUCUGACGUUAUGCAGGUGCUCGAGGGACGAAAGAAAUAA